AUGGCGUCAGCAAAUAUUCCAAUUAUGCUUGGGCAGAACCUGCCGGGCUGGGCUUUCGUGGCACUGUUAGCAACAGCGAUCAUCAUCGUUCACCGGCUGGGAUCUCAGCCAGAUAUCAACAAGUUCCCUCUACUUGGGGCGCAAUACGGCAACAGGCGGAAACGUGCGGAGGCGUUCCUAUACCAGCCCGUAAAGCUGUAUGAAGAAGGCUAUCGUCGCUUCAAGAACCAGGUGUAUCGCAUGACAAUGCCUGAUGGCGACCAUCUGAUAGUGCCGAAUUCGUACCUAGAUGAGUUGAGGACACGGUCAGAUGACGAGAUCGAUGUCUUGAAAUCAUUCACAGACACCUUCGCAAAUGACCACAUCAAGCUGUUUCCACCAAAGGACAGGACAGAAGUGGCCAACAGCGUCGUGAAGGUCGAGCUGACCAGAAGCCUAACCCGAUUAAACCCGAGGCUAUCAGCCCAGGUGGAAAACACAAUCAACUCCGAGAUCCCACCCUGCAAAGAGUGGACCCCGCUCACCAUCUUCCCCAUCCUCCUGCGCGUCGUGGCAAUCGUCUCAGGCGACAUCUUCGUCGGGCCGGACUACUGCCGCCACGAGGUCUACCUCGCCUCAGCUAUCGACUUCACCAACGACAUCACCGCCGGCGCGGCGCAGAUCAAGCGCUGGCCCAAGUUCAUGAGAGGUCUCGUUGUGAAGCUGAAGCUGGCGCCGGCGGUCAACCGGGGGCAGGGGCACAGGCGCCGGAUGAGGGAAUUCCUGGAGCCCAUGGUGGCCAAGAGGAGGCAGCUCAUGAGGGAGGGCCACCCCGUGCCGGACGACCUGCUUCAGUGGAUGGUGGAGAAGACGGGCGAGCAUGGGAUUACCGAUGUUGGACACCUGACUGACAUGCAGCUUCUGCUCACUCUGGCUGCGAUCCAUACGACCACGCUGUCGGCGACUGCGAUGUUGUACGAUCUUGCCAUGCGGCCUGAGGUGGUGCAUGAUAUCCGGGAGGAGAUCGCAUCCGUGCUGGAGGAGACGAAUGGUGUCAUGACAUCGCAGGCCUUGUUCAACAUGAAGCUCCUGGACAGCUUCAUGCGCGAGAGCCAGCGGUUCAGCCCGCCGUUUGUUGACUCCUUCCGCCGCUACGUCUACAAGCCCAUCACCCUCAAGGACGGGACCCACAUCCCGGCGGGUACCUUCAUCGAGACGCCCAGCCUGCCGGUGCUGCACGACCCGGCGCACUACCCGGACCCGGAGGUGUUCAACCCGUACCGGUUCUACGACCUGCGCACCAAGGACGGGACGCCCGACCCCAACGGCUUCCGCACGCGCGAGUCGUACCAGUUCGUCAGCGUCACCAAGGAGAACACGAGCUUCGGCUUCGGCAAGCACGCGUGCCCGGGCAGGUUCUUCGCCGCCAACGAGAUCAAGCUCAUCAUGGCGCGGAUCCUGCUGCAGUUUGACGUGCGGUUCCCCGAGGGCGUCAAGGAGAGGUAUCCUAACUUCUACGUCGGGAGUGUGAGCGGGCCCGACCCUGCUGGUGUGGUUGAGUUUCGGCGUAUUGAAGUGUGA